UUUUGGACUGAUUCCCUAUUGACUGAAAUGAGGACAGCUGAGGACUCCUCUGGAACAGUUUUGCACCGCCUCAUCCAGGAGCAGCUCCGCUUUGGGAACCUGACAGACAUUCGCACUCUUCUGGCUAUCCAGCAGCAGGCCCUGCGUGGAGGAAGCAGUGGCGGGGGUGCGGGCAGUCCCCGCUCCUCUUUGGAAAGCCUCACACAGGAGGAAACCCAGUAUAUGCAGAUGUCUGCUCGGCAGGAGCCUCAAGGUCAGGAGCACCAAGGUGACUGCCUGCCCUCAGAGAGCCCCAUGUGUCAUCUGUAUCAGCUCCACAGAGAGGAGCUGCCAACCUAUGAGGAGGCCAAAGCGCACUCGCAGUACCUGAUCUCUCAGAGGGAAAAAUCGGAUCAGAACGGGCCCACCGUGGGAUUUCAAAGUGAGGGACAGUGGGAUCUGAAGCGGGAGCAUGCUCGCUCGCUGAGCGAGAGGCUGAUGCAGCUCUCACUGGAGAGAAACGGACACAGAGACGCUCUGGCCCUGACCUCUUCACACAGCUAUCCGCAGCUUCAUAAUAAUGUUGUGUUAAACGCUUCAGUGCCGGAAACACAACAGAGUUCAGACCACCGUGGACCCCCUCCAGGCUACCCUCUAUUUGCCAAUGUUCCUGAAUACAUGCUCAGCUACUCACAAGAGCAUGUACAGUACCACAAAGACCCUCCUCCUCCGUUCUACUCACAGAACCACAGGAAUGUGUCUGCUCAGGCCAAGGUGGCUCAGACCAGCAUCGGCGCAUCCUCCGACGGCAAUGACGUGUUAAUACGGGAGAACGAGCAGCUCAGGAAGGAGCUGCAGGUGUACAUUCAGAAGGCUGCCAGGCUGCAAAAGUUGGAGCUCGAGAUCCAAUGGAUAUCCGAGGCCUACGAGACCCUGAUGAGAGGCUCCGCUAAGCGGGAAACCUUGGAGAAAACUCUAAGGAACAAACUGGAGGCAGAGAUUAAGAGGAUGCAUGAUUUCAACAGAGAUCUCAGAGAUCAACUUGAGGCAGCUAACAAACACAGAGCAGCCGGCGACGCUGAGCGCACAGACCCAAGGCAGCACGUCUUUGUUAAACUCUUGGAGCAAAAUGAAGAGCAGCAGCGGGAGCGCGAAAGGCUGGAGAGGCAGAUCCAGCAUCUGCGUGUGUCUAGUGAAGAGUGUCAGCGGAGGGCCGAAGUGCUGGAGCAGGCCCUGGCCUCGGCACAGAGCCGCAACCGGCACCUGGAAGAAGAGCUGCACCGGAAGACAGCUUACAUGAAGAAAGUGGAGCGGUUGCAGAGCGCCCUUGCCCAGCUACAGGCUGCUUGUGAGAAGAGGGAGGUCCUGGAGCUGCGGCUUCGCACUCGGCUGGAGCAGGAGCUGAAGAGCCUCAGGGCACAGCAGAACCAGACAGCCAACCUCACCCUAUCAGAGCUGAACUCGUCCACGCUGCAGCAGGAGCUGAGGGAAAAAGAGGAGCGUAUCCUGGCUCUGGAGGCAGACAUCACUAAAUGGGAGCAGAAGUACCUAGAGGAGAGCACCAUGAGGCAGUUUGCCAUGGAUGCAGCAGCUACGGCUGCAGCACAGAGGGAUACAACAAUUAUCAAUCAUUCACCUAAGAACUCCCCUAACAGCAGUUUUAAUGAAGACCUGCCUCUAACAAGCCACAAACACCAGGAGAUGGAGAACAGGAUCCGCGAACUUCACGCUCAGCUGCUGGAGAAGGAUGCUGUGAUUAAAGUCCUCCAGCAGCGCUCCAGAUGGGAGCAGGGCAGGCUGGAGACACAGGGGCUUCGUCCAGCCAGAUCCGUCCCCACCAUCAGCACCGUGACGUGCAGCGCUUUGAGUAAAGGAAAGAGCCUCUCGGAUGACCAGACAGGUGCUGCUUCGUUGAAAACCCCGUCCUUUGUCACAGCCAAGGCGCCGACCCAAGACUCCAGCACCCAGAGUGAUGAGACCACGCAGGACCUGGAGGUCAUAGCAGAACAGGACAAGUUUCAGGAGACUGAAGGGAUUUCAGCAGCUACUAGGGGCGCCUCGGAGGAGCCGAAGGCUCUGCUCAAGAUGUUCAAAAGUUCCGAUGCAGAGGCAAUUGAGAUUCUCAUAUGAGCCAUGACUGCUGCUUUUAAGACUGAACCGUGAAAGAAACAUUUUCCGGAGGAGAAAAAGGUUUCGGUCGAUCUGAGAUAUAAACAGGAGAGCGUGGAUCUGGGAUUGCGAGGAGAGCGGAGCUUUCCUUUGGCUGUCUCUGCACAUUUCAAAAGCGAUGGAAGGGUCGGGGGGGGGGGUUUACUUCAAGGUACCUGGACAGUAUUUUGCAGUGCAAAAGGAAGUUGGCUGCUGAAACUGUAUGUUUUUCAUUUGUUGUGAAUUGUAUUUAUAUUCGUAAAUGCUGCUCCUUUUUUCUCCAUGUGUUGUAUAGAUGUUUAGGUAAACAUUUUUUUGUGUGUGUCUCAUUUAGUUUUAUUUUUCCCUAUUCUGUUUGUUUUUCUUAAUAUCUUGAUCCCGCUCUCUACUAGAAAUAUCUAUUUAUACAUAUGCACAGAAAAAGACUGCCCUCUAUUUAAAAAGGCCAUUCUGGAUAAAACAGCUCCACCCUAAAUUCGCCGUUGCCCUGUCUCUCCUUUAUAUGCGCUCCCGCUCGAAGCUCAGUGGAGGAUUUAGAAACUUCCCUUGAAUGCAGAGCUCGCGAGCCGACCGAUUAUUUUCUCUCCUUAAAAAAGCUGGGCGAGGAUUGACAACGUUUCACUGGGGUCCAAUUUUCCAGAUCCCCCGGUUCGUGUUUGAGGCCUCAGAUGGCGGCUGCCCAGCAUUUCGCUCCCAUCCGAUGACAUGCUGGAGCUAAUCUUCUCACAUUCCUCACUGAGGGAAUGCUCCAGUUAAAGAAAAAGGCUAUCUAAAGUCUGACCUCUCGGCCUUGUUAAAAUGGCACACAUUCUUUUGUAUGCAUGCUUCUCUUGGGCCAUUUAUUUCUCCCCAGCACUGGGUAGCUGGUUCUACCAGACGGGAAGAGGAUUUCAACUAUAAUUGUCCUACAUUUGCUGUCUCCAUCACUGUGUUAUAUUCAGCCAUGUUUUUAACAUGCUUCCCAUAUCAGAGUUUCCUUUAUACUUAAUAAGGAAUCUUCUAUUUAUUUCUCCUGCUUCGCAUAGGAUUACUGAACACUGUUGAAAUGCAGACUACUGUUUCCAAGGACUUUGUAUUUUGUAUAUAACUGGAAUGGGACAUGAUUCACUCUAAGGUUUAGUGCUAAAAGCCACUAAAAAUCCAGCUCAAAGUGUUUAUCACAUGAAGCUCAUAUGCCAUCGUCUAUUGAUGCUUAUUGUUUGAACACCAUUCCUUAAAAGUAUAUUCUGAAGGGCACAGAAAGCAUAAAAAACUCACAUCUGUUAUGUCUUUCAUCGUGGUGCAUUUGCAGGUCAACACCACGUCUCGUUUUGUGAUGUAUACUGUCUUCUUAUUUUGGGAUGUUGUUUACAUGAAUGACGAUUUGAAGUGAGAAAAGUUAAUAUAUUUAGUCUGUUUUUCGUAUCCUCCUAUAUCUAUAUGUAUAUCUAUCUGAUAGAUAUCGAUAUCUACAUGUGAUUGUUUUGUGUCUUGGUGCCAAAGAUGUAUUCUGUGUUUAAGUUAUAACUGAUGGAAAAAAAACAAAGGGCUUAGUAAAGUGCCUUGCUUCAGCUGGUUGAACAGAUUUGAUGUUGCUGUGAAUUUUUGUAGAGGAAACAUGGGGAUGUCUGCCUUAACAUUUCGCAAUAAUAAAUAAAAAACCCUAAUAUAUGUCUGAUUAAAAACAAA